UGUGUUUGUGGCACCGUGUCAGUUACAUUGAAACAAAAGUGGUUCGGCGGCUGCCAGGGCUAGCAUCCCCGGCCCGCUUGCCACCGACUGUCGCCGACAUGGAACCCGUGGCCAGCAACAUCCAGGUCCUGCUGCAGGCGGCGGAGUUCCUGGAGAGGCGCGAGAGAGAGGCGGAGCACGGCUACGCGUCCUUGUGUCCCCACUACAGCCCCAGGGCUGUCUACAGGAGGAGGAAGCGACCCCUGCAAGCUCCUGGCGCGCUGAACAGUGGGCGGUCUGCGCACAACGAACUGGAAAAACGCAGGAGGGCGCAGCUGAAGCGGUGCCUGGAGCAGCUGAGGCAGCAGAUGCCCCUGGGGGUUGACUGUACCCGAUACACCACGCUGAGCCUGCUGCGCCGGGCCAGGAUGCACAUCCAGAAGCUGGAGGAGCAGGAGCAGCAGGCCCAGCGGCUCAAGGAGAAGCUUCGCAGUGAACAGCAAAGCCUGCAGCAGCAGUUGGAGCAGCUCCAGGGGCUGCCCGGAGCUGGAGAGCGGGACCGGCCACGAGCUGAUAGCCUGGACUCUUCCGUUCUGUCCUCUGAGCGCUCAGACUCAGACCAAGAGGAUGUGGAGGUGGAUGUGGAGAGCCUGGUGUUCGGGACUGAGACUGACCUGCUCCCGAGAUUCAGCUCGAGCCAGGGGCUUGGCUACUCACAGAGCCCCAGUACCUGGCUAUGACACUCACUGCCCGUGGCAUCCUUUUCUCUUUGGACUGAGCCUGCCAGGCAGGAGCACCACACAAGCCCCAAGGUCUGCUUAGAGACACUUGUUGGAGACUGGGAGGAGGCCAUGAAAUCUUUGUGUGGAAACAGGACUCUGUGUGCUCUGCAGCACAGCUUGAGCCCGUACCACCCCCCAAUGCCCCCAGGGCAGUUUCUGUAGCCCUUGACUCAGCUCUGCUGCCCCCCAUGGGGACAGGAGCCUGUAGACCUUUUGUUCCUGGGCAAAGCCCCAGGCCUCUGCCCAUACAUACCGCACAGUAUUUUCAUUAAAAUCCUCUUUUGUAA